GUGGGAACCUAUGUCUCAAGACUUUUGAGAGUGCUUAACUAUCAUUACAAAUCACAUAUCUUACUACCAAUCAACACAACAACCCAACCAAUUUUCACAAUGGAGACUGUGAAGGAUGCUGCCAAAUACGUCUCAGAGACGGUCCAGGGCAAAGGUGCUGAGACUUCCAAGGAGACCAACAAAAAUGUCGCCAAGGAUUCCAACGCCAAUGUAAGCACCCGUGCCAGCGCUGCGAAAGAUGCGCUUGUCGACAAGAAAGACGAGAAAUCACAUGACACAAAGGCGGAUGUCCACAAGGAAUCUGCUAAGCAUUAAGGGAUUAUCGUGGGCACUGGGACAUGGAUUCACACAGGAGACAUAACACCUAUGGAAUGUAAUUAGUUAUUAUUAAUGGAGCAUACUUCUCGC